AUGACUAUGAAGCAAAAGGGGGAUCAGACAGAGAAAGAAAAUGAUGAAAUUAUAAGGCCAGGUUUGCAGGCACGUUUUAAACAGGCACAACACAAAAUACUGGAAGAGAAUUUUAGUUCUGAGGACCGAGAUCAAGAAAAAGAAAGAGAAUUGCAGGCUUUAGCGGGUGUUAUGAAGUUACUUCAGGACCGCAAAGAUUUAUUUCCGGAAUCAUCAAUGGAUGAUUUAAAACAACAAUUGAAUUUAUACAGAACGCAGUAGUAGAUAGUCAUUCUGCCCAUGUUUUAAUGCACUUACACACAACGAAAAACAAAACACUGAAGAAUUAUAUCGCAAAUGAACAAUUGUUUGUAUUAAUUUAUAGAAUGAACCCUCUUGUAUUAUAA